GAGGGAAGGACGCCCGCGCUGCGGAAGGAGCCGCUGGUUUCACGCCCCGGGACCUGGACUGGCCGGCCAGGGUCAGCCAUGGAGCAGCCUGAGCCGGACGCCGCCUCCGACGACGCCAUGGAUGCGUUCCUGGAAAAGUUCCGGAGCCAGCCUUACCGUGGCGGCUUCCAAGAGAAUCAGUGGGAGGAGGAAUUUGAAAAGGUCCCCCUAUUUAUGAAGAAAGCGCCAUCUGAAAUUGAUCCCAAGGAGAGUCCUGACUUGGCAUGCCUCCAGUCAAUUAUUUUUGAUGAGGAGCGAUCUCCAGAAGAACAGGCCAAGACCUAUAAAGAUGAGGGCAAUGAUUACUUUAAAGAAAAAGACUAUAAGAAAGCUGUGAUUUCUUACACUGAAGGACUAAAGAAGAAAUGUGCAGAUCCCGAUUUGAAUGCUAUCCUUUACACCAACCGGGCAGCAGCACAGUACUAUCUGGGCAAUUUUCGUUCUGCUCUCAAUGAUGUGACAGCUGCCAGAAAGCUAAAGCCCUGCCACCUCAAAGCAAUAGUAAGAGGUGCUUUAUGCCAUCUGGAACUGAAACACUUUGCUGAAGCUGUGAACUGGUGUGAUGAGGGGCUGCAAGUAGAUGCCAAAGAGAAGAAGCUUCUGGAAGUGAGGGCCAAAGCAGACAAGCUAAAGCGAACUGAACAAAGGGAUCUGAGGAAAGCAAAGUUGAAAGAGAAGAAGGAGCAGAGUCAGAAUGAGGCUUUACUCCAGGCCGUCAAGGCUAGGAACAUCAGGCUCUCUGAAGCCGCCUGUGAGGAUGAAGAUUCAGCCUCAGGAGGUCUAGCUGAGCUUUUCUUGGAUGGACUCAGCUCUGAAAACCCCUAUGGAGCUAGGCUAAGUCUAGAUGACCAGGGCAGGCUGAGCUGGCCCGUGCUCUUCCUGUACCCGGAGCACGCCCAGUCAGACUUCAUCUCUGCUUUUCACGAGGACUCCAGGUUUAUUGAUCAUCUAAUGGUGAUGUUUGGUGAAACACCCUCCUGGGACUUAGAGCAGAAGUACUGCCCUAAUGAUUUGGAGGUCUACUUUGAGGAUGAGGACAGGGCAGAACUCUACCGGGUACCUCCCAGGAGCACCCUGCUGCGGGCACUGCAGCACCCCAGGUACUUUGUCAAAUCCCUGACACCAGCAUUUUUGGUCUGUGUGAGAUCUUCUCUUUUUUGGAAGAAUUAUCUCCAGGAGAGAAAGGUGCACCAGAUAGAGUGACUGAGCCAGGCUGUGGGUGCCGAACCCCUAGGUCUCCUCCCUCUCUUUCUUCUGCCUGGAAUCUAGCAUGCCUGAAGCAGCUGGACAUGUUCCUAGAGUCCAGCACUUUAUUUCUGUCACCUGGGGAUGGUGGGGAGGAGCCACUCACCUCCCUGCAUUGCAGCCUUUCUGGCCUUUGUCCAGCUGUCUUAUGUCUUCAGCUGCUUUGGUCAUGACGUCCUUGGACUCCAUCUCCGAACAGACAGCUGCAGUUACCAUAGCAACUGACCUGUGUGACUCACUGCCCUUUGGAGACUGACUCGGGAUCCAGUUAUGUGGUUGGGAACCCUGUGCAGUUAGACACCUUGCUCUGCACUUACAAAGACUGUACAGACUGGGAUUCCUGGUGCCCCUGAAGAGUGCCAGUUUUGCUCGGCAGGGUGAAAUGCACUCCUGUUGUCCUAGCUGUUCAGGAGGC